AGUGUUGUCAACAAAACUCUUCAGCAAGGUGUGAUUCAGUGAUUUUAGCAGAUAUAGCCGACACACAAGAAUGAGACCACGCGCAUGAUAAGAUGAGACCUUGAUAACGAACUGACGGGAGUAAACCGAGGGGGACAAACAUGUCUGCAAGGAAGGAAUUUGAGGAGGCCUUGUGUUGCUACACCACAGAUACCCUUGCCUACAUCGACACAGUGAGAGGAUUCUGUGAGAGGAACCCGAAAUGGACUCUUGGGAGGGAGACAGAUUUGCACAUGAUGAUGGAUAUCAAAGACAGAGCUGACAAGAUCCACCUAAACAUCGGCCAUGUUACCCAAUCAGAGAAGAGGGGUAAGGCUAUGUGGGAAUAUAUGAAGAGCAAGGUAACUCAGAUGACUGCAGACAGCAGGCGUGCAGAGCUGGAGACAGAGCUGGCUGAUGUGCUGAAAGACACUCUGGGAGGUCUGGAGAAGCUCCACUGCUUCCUGGAUGCAGUGGAGAAACUGGCGGCCACCUCACUUCAUGUGUUCAUGGAGGAGAACCAGGUGCUACAUCUGCCAGAAGGGAUCAGCCCUGAACAUGUUCAGGUUGUCAUCAUUGCUGCACGGCUAAUCUGCCCUCUCCUCCUCGAGUUUAAAAGAGAUGCAAGUGUCUUCUUCCUUCCCAAACUGCAGAAUGUGGAAGUGCUGUCAUAUCAGCUGAACAAAUACGUUCAGACCACCAAGACAAUCUGUGAGAAGUUAGAGAAAAGGUCCCUCUGUGAGUUUUGCCUGAAGGAGAACACAGAGACUUUGGUAGACCUCGAUGUGGAUUUGUCUGAAGAUGAUUUUCAAAGGAUGCUUUUUCACAUUAAUCAGCUUGAUGAAAUCAGGAUGAACCAGAACUUCCGGAUGGUGUUCUUGUUUCAGGAUGAACCAUGUUCUGGCUUCAUUGAUGAGUUCAGUGAGCGACAGCCCAGAAUGCUGCAGUUUCUUAAAGACCUGGAGGAGAGUGCUGUUCAGCUGGACAGGAUGAAUACAGGAGCAAAGAUCUCCAGUGUGGCAGGAAGCUCAGUGGGGGCAGUUAGCGGUGUGCUUUCCAUCGUUGGGUUGGCAUUAAUUCCUGUAACAGCUGGAGUGUCUCUAACUCUGACAAUGGCAGGAUUAGGGCUGGGAAUAACCAGCGGAGUCAACAGUGCUGUAACCACUGCUGCAGAGAUUGGAGUAAAUCGCAAACAUCAAACGAAAGCCAGUGAAGUUUUCCAGAGGUUCAUGGAGGAUGUGCAGAGUCUCCAGGAUUGUCUGUUCAGUUCAAUGGUUCCCAAAGUGGAAGCAAGUGAAGUGGAUGUGGUUCUGGGAGUGGGCAAGAUUGUAACUAAAGCUGGAACUGUUGGAAAAAGCAUUGAUUCAUUUACUGAUGCUGCCUCUGCUUUGUUAAAAGGUGACGAGGUGAUUACAAGUGCUGGCAGAGUGGCAGUACAGGAAGGAGAAACAUUGCGUAAUGUGCCCAGGGUGGCAGCAGAUCUCCCAGAUAUUGGACAAGCAGCCGUCAAAGGGCCUCUUGCCCUCUCCAAGUCAGCCAGGGCUGGUCUCAUUGGGCUCAAUGCUCUCUUCCUCGGCAUGGAUAUUGUCUUCAUCUGUAAAGACAGUAUGAGUCUGGCCAAAGGCAGCAAGACUGAAAUCUCGCAGUUAAUCAGAGCCAGAGCUGCUCUUUGGAGCUCUGAGAUGGACUCAUGGCAGAAGAUUCAUGACUCACUGAGCAAAGGUCUGCAGACAUCAGAGAAAAACAAAGCUAUCCUGGAGACGCCAUUUUAUCCAGAGAGGAAGAUGAAGAAACAAAGAGAAACAGAAACUGAAGUUCCAUCUGUUGAAGUGGAUGAAAAACCAGAAAUGGAAGAAAAAAAACUGUCUCAUACAGUAGUGCUCAGCGAAUAGAGACAAUUAUUGUUGGUGGCAGCAAUCACAAUAUGCCUUGUUGCCAGCUCUGACACUAAAACCAGGUAGGAGAUCCAUUUAGUGUGUAGAAUUAAGUAGCAUCUGGCAGUGAGGUUACAGAAC